UAGCCUUCUUGACACAAAGCCAACGUCUCAGUUUCAUUCACAGAAGAGACUACCACAGACCAAUCACUGAAAAUAGAUCCUGUUUAAGUACACAGCCAGUGUCAAAGCGACCAAGAAUAUUAUACCGUUGUGAUCGCUUUGUUACGACGGCACACGCGAUAAGCGGUGGCAUAUUACUAAUGGCGGAUAUGAGUUUCAACGCAAGCCUAAACACUGUCGGUCACAAGACAGUUGGGAAGAACCAGGUAGUGUGAACCACAACCCCUGUGAUACAGCUGUUGUGUCAACGCAUUGCUGUGGUGUCCAUGAAGGGCUACACGAUCUGCCUGCUGCUCAACUGAACGUGACAGGGGAGCCUAAUAUUACACCGUCAUUGUUGCUCUUCUCACCAUGGUCUGUGGAGGUGAUUCAAAAGUCGGAGACAUCUCUUCAAUUAUCGAUGUUCAAGGGAUUAUACAAGAUUGGGCAUGGGAUACCUUCAUUAAAGACAUAGGAUAUUUUAGAAGGUGUUUCAUCAGACGAAAGGACUUUGUUAUUGACGUCCCAAUGAACUAUUACCAAUUUUCACAUUCGGAUGCAGUGCUGGAAGGCUUGAAUAUCAAGAGCGAUUCUAAAACAGCACCAGAGAUUGGAGAAGGUAUGCCCAACACAUCCAUACUCGCCACUGACUAUCAUAAUGACACAGACAUGGAACAAGUUUACAACUUCAGAAUGGAACGUGCCAGAAAAGCAAGUGUAUCAGUGACCUUCCAGAAAGGAUUUACAAUCGGCGGCACUGCUAAUUUCUCUGUUUGUGGUGUCGAUUGUGGACUUGAAGCAAAGCUUGAGGUCACAAAAACAACUGAACAGACAUUUGAGGAAGUCUUGACUUUUGAAACAAGUUGUGAAAUCAAAGUUAAAGAAAACACUAAUUGUGAGGCCAAAGUUAUCUUCACGGAGAAAGAAAUGUCCUACAGGUUCACAGUUGAGACCACCAUGAGAAUGCCAUCAGGCAAAGCUCCAGUGUACAUAAGAAGGAAGAAGGACAAGAAGGUAAUGAUGUCGUGGAAGAUUCAGGAUCUAAGACACAUUUUUCACAAGUAUAAGGAGGAGAAGGAUCCGGAUAGGAAAGUGGACUUUGUGAGGGAGACAAUUAUGUUGAACGGGAGAGAGUACAACAACUAUGCGAUCAAGCUGACAACGAAAGGGCUCGUCGAAGGAACGAAGUUGUCCUCUCAAGUGGUGGAGCUACAUGCAAAAGGAAUAGACAAGAAGAUUGUCCCUGAAAAGAAGAAUGAUGUGAAGAGUCCAAAGCGUAAAGAAAAUUCAGUUAAGGGAAAUGUAUAGGAAAACGACUGUAUUUUCACAUUCCGAAAUAUCAUGUGUUGGGAUAAUGGGGCAGUUUGCCCCUCCAUAGAAGUGUGUUAUCCGCCAAUGUAUCUCGACAGGCAUUUCGAACAUUAUGCUAUUUCGUUGAACACACAUUGGAUUACAGAACAGAUGGUGUUUUCACGUCUCCGUUCGUAGUGCUCAAGAGGCAGAAAACAUGGGAUAUUUGUUGGAUAAGUACAACUGUGGGAUAUCUCAUAUGAGUUUCAGUAAUACAGCUGCAGGUUGUAUUAAUUGCCAGUGAUGACUUACCACAGGAUCAAGCUGAAAUGAAAAAUGUUCACAGUGAUCUUUUUGUGUCUAUUCUGAAUGUGUUACACGAUAAGGCAUGACAGGACAAUUAUAAAGUCAUGUUGAAAACAAGUUUGAUCAUAGAAGGAAUAGAUUAUUCUGGUCUUCGUUGUGAUCAAAUGGAGCUCAAGAGUACAAUGAGAACAUGGUUUAACUUUUUAAGUAAAGAUUUAGGAUAAAUCAUUUUGUGUUUCGGUGGAUUAAAUAUGUGCAGCUUACAAUCUGCAAUACAGUUAUCAGAAAACGAAGAGGAUAAAGAGAUAUCAAGAAUCUGUAUGUGCUUGGAAAUACAUGUGUAGACUCGAUGAUAAUUGCAACAUAAGUUAGUAUGAGUAAACAUUUAAUUUUAUCGAAUUAUUUUUGGGGGUAUCAUACGUUUUCAGACGGCAGUGCUUACUCACCCUAUGAGGUGUGUUGCGCAGCAUGGACAGUGAUACCUGAAUGAUGGCUUGUGUUUAAGAUAAAGUUGUUUUGUG